CGUUUUGAGGAAAGUCAAGGCCGAACCAAUAGCAAAACUGCUUUUUAUCAAGCCCUCCAGAACUCUUUGGGCGGUGAAGAAUCCAACCUUCUCAUCCAGGAUGCAGCUACAUGGUUUUAUUCCCUGGAACACUCAUCCACCGAGUAUGCUUCCUUCUCCAGGGCGUUAGAAAAUGCCACUCGAGAUCACUUUAUCAUUUGCCCAACCAUAGAUAUGGCGAAGGAAUGGGCUAACAACAAGAGAGGAAAUAUUUUCAUGUACCAUGUGCCAGACAGCAGUUCCUUGAGCAGCUCAAGUCUGGAAUAUAUGCCUGAUGUUCAGCUUGCCUUCGGCCUGCCCUUUUAUGCUCAGUACAAAAACCGAUAUACACUGGAAGAGAAGACUCUCUCCUUAGCCAUUAUGCAGUACCUGUCCAACUUCAUAAAAUCCGGAAAUCCAAAUAGCCCUUAUGAAUUUUCAAGAAAGAGGAUAGAAGGACUCCCACCUUGGCCCAUGUUUUGUGCAGACGCUGGUGGAGACAAUUAUAAAGAGUUUACUGCUUCUUUACCGAACCAUAAAGGGCUGAAAAAAUCUGAAUGCUCCUUUUGGGAUUACAUCAAAACUGUAAAAACUUUGACAAGUUGCCAAAGACAGCAACCUGCCCCCAGUAGGCCCACGAAAGGACUGGCUGUCACGCCCAUGUCUAAGACCACUACAGUGAAGUUGCUGGAAGAUAAGGCAGCCUACAGCAAAUAGAGCAGACCGUUUCACUCUAUUUUACACCGAAGUGGUGAAAUCAGAAUAUUCUACGCAUCUGAGAGAAGAACUGGCUUUGUUAUAUUGUAGUGGUGUUUCUGUAGUAGGUGAUUAUUGGCAGUAGUAUGCUAGAUACGAUGGUUGCCUUGCAAGGCAAGCAAAAUCUAAAAUAUCAUAAACAAGGCACUGCUUAGGGGAUGAGACAAUGAAUUUUGAUGCAUUGAAUUGUAUGCAAGUUACUGAAUAAAUUUGGGGAAAGAUUGG